GCGGAAGACUUGCGUGUUUGGCGGAUCUGCAGCCAGUUGCACAUCACCCGGCGACAGGAAGGUGAUCGAGCUCAUGGAAGAUGGAGUGUAUUCCAGCGACCAUUGAUGACUUUGAAGGCAAAAAGGAGCCGAUGGUAGAAGACCCAGAGCAUAAUGUCUACACCAGGUUUAUGAAAUCCCACAGAUGUUAUGAUCUGGUACCCACCAGCUCCAAAUUAGUUGUGUUUGAUACGUCACUUCAGGUGAAAAAGGCCUUUUUUGCACUCGUUUCUAAUGGGGUGAGAGCAGCGCCUCUGUGGGACAGUAACAAGCAGUGCUUUGUUGGUAUGCUCACCAUCACAGACUUCAUUAACAUUCUUCAUCGCUAUUACAAAUCUCCCUUGGUUCAGAUUUAUGAAUUGGAAGAGCACAAAAUUGAAACCUGGAGAGAGGUGUAUCUUCAAGACUCGUUCAAGCCUUUGGUUAGCAUAUCUCCCAACGCAAGUUUGUAUGAUGCUGUAUCGUCACUGCUGAGGAACAAGAUCCACAGAUUGCCGGUCAUCGACCCCCUGACGGGGAACACACUCUACAUCCUCACGCACAAGAGGAUUCUCAAGUUCCUGAAGCUUUUUAUAUCAGAGAUGCCAAAGCCCUCGUUCUUGAGUCAGACUUUGGAGGAAAUGAACAUCGGGACGUUCCGCAAUAUCGCAGUGGUCCGCACAGAUACGCCCCUGUACACGGCGCUCGGUAUCUUUGUUGAGCAGAGGGUGUCGGCGCUCCCCGUGGUGGACGACAAAGGUCGAGUGGUGGACAUUUACUCCAAAUUUGACGUUAUAAACCUGGCAGCUGAGAAAACGUACAACAACCUGGACGUGACGGUGACCAAAGCCCUGCAGCAUCGCUCGCAGUACUUCGAGGGCGUGCUGACGUGCAACAGGCACGAGACCCUGGAGGCCAUCAUCAACCGGCUGGUGGAGGCCGAGGUGCACAGGCUGGUGGUGGUGGAUGAGCAGGAGGUGGUGAAGGGGAUCGUGUCCCUCUCAGAUAUUCUCCAGGCUCUGGUGCUGACCGACGGAGAUGAAGGCACAGCUUGAGAAAAAUCACUCAAAGGAAAGGCAACUUUUUAGGAGGGGGCCGGAGCACAGGGAGAACGGACAGAUCGAUUCACACCCUGUGCCAUUCAAUCUGGAAGGUUUCCUCCCGCCUCUUAACAAUCUGAUCUUCACUAAGUUCGAGUAAUAUAUCUUUAAAUCAUCUUAGUGGCGCAGGAAGUUUGGAGCUUUCUGUAAUUUGAGCCAAACACUGAGUCACCAGAGAGCCGAGGAACAUGUACAAGCACAAGAAACCUCUUGCCACAUGUAUAUUUUCCAGCAGUUCUUUGGCUGCUGUUCAGCUGAUUAAGACUCUGACUAUAGAUAUAUUCCUAAUAAUGAAAAUCAUCAGUUAACUUCUGAAAGACUGCUGUCACAAGGCUGAAAUCGACAAACACUUCAAGCCUUAAAACUGACUUAUCGCUUCGGCUUUGUUCUGCGCAAAUAUGUAGUAUGUUAACUAUUUAAAAUUAUUUUGCAUUCCCUCAUUUGGUAAACUUGAUUACUGAAAUGGCAACUGAAGAAUAAAUGAUAACACUUCCACCUUUUCCUAUAUGUAAACACAUAUUGUAACCUCAGUAUUAUUUGUGAUCAGUGUAACACAUGUAUAAAAACAUUACGUUUGUCUAAAAUGUCGACACUUAACGUUUGAUUCCGAAUUCAAACACUAAACUUCGGAUUGCCUUAUCGAUGAUUCCACGUGGAGAAACAAAUGAAGCGUCUUGCCGUCGUCGUCUAAAUGAAGUAAAGUGUAAAAAAACCCCAACAGAGCCAAAUGAAGCUCUUCCAAGCGAACAGUUCAGUCCACUGUGUAGCCGAUUUGUGGCGGAGCUGGGGUCACACUUAAAGCCUCGUCAGCGCAGUCGAAAACGUCUUUACUGUCCCCGUUCCACACUCUGGAUAUCUGUGUUUUCUGUUUUGGCAUUGCAUGUGUUGUUGUUCUAUGUAAACAAACAAAAAAAAAGGUGUAUGAUGGAUUAUACCAUUUACUGGAGACUGCUUUUUUUUUUCCUAGCUUGUUUUGUCGUUCACAUUAUCAGCAUUCAAGGGUUUGUGUUACUGCUUUCAGUGCUGCUCACCUCUUUUUUUUUGUUUUUUUUGUUUUUGUUUCUUAAAAAAUGGUUCAUCACUGCAGAGUGUGGUCCAGGUUAACGUCGUCCCCUUUAUUUCAUGCUAUCUACGGUGAUGUCGGAGCGUCAAACAUUUUAGAUUUGUUAACUGUCUUUCUCUUCAUUGUAUUUAGGAGACUUUUACCAAACUCACUGAAGACCAGCAUCUUUUUUUUUUCUUUUUAUCUCCUAAAGAGGAACACUUCACGUUUAAUGUUUUGGUAUACAUGAAAUGGCACAUGUACGGCUGUAUGUAAACAGUUUUUGUACUAAUCUGCAUCGAGAUUAUAGUUUUCAGUAUGAGCAAUAAAGGAUCUUGAAGAUUGAAA